AUGGCUGUGAAGACGCUGACGGCUGUGCCAAUCGCUGGCAGCGCCGAUGGUAGCGUUGGUGAGGCAAUCGAAUGGUGCCGGUACCACCCGUACGAAGAGGGUACCGACCCAGAGCUUGAAGGUGUCAUGACUACUUUUGUGGACCAAGAGCGGCCUCUCGAGAGCGGUGUAAGAAGACUACACGCAAAGAAAUGGAAGGAUUGUCUUCAAGCCGCCGAGGACGACCUUCCAAAGUCUAUCUGCGACAUGCUCUCACCGUGUGAGAUCCCUUGGGUCACCAAAGUGACCACUGCCGAUAGGCCUGACGAAGAGAUUGAUGUCGAAGAGAUUGAUGACGGAGAGAGUUAUGGCGAAGAUAUUGAUGACGGAGAGAUUUAUGGCGAAGAAAUCGAUGGCGAAGAAAUCGAUGGCGAAGAAAUCGAUGGCGAAGAGACUUAUCACGAAGAAAUUGAUGGCGACGAGACUUAUCACGAAGCGAUUGAUGGCGAAGAAAUUGAUGACGGAUAA